AUGGCCGUAAUCACGAUCGAUAUAAUUUCAGAUGUGAUAUGUCCCUGGUGCUUCAUCGGCUACCGCGACCUCCAAAAAGCCAUCUCCCUCUACCAAAAAACUUACCCGGGAGGCUCGAAGGAUGAAUUCCAACUAUCAUGGAAACCCUACUUCAUAGACCAAGAACCACCCAAGGAGAGCGUGCUUAUACAAGACCGCAUGCUCCGCAAAAUGGGCCCCCAAAUGACCGAGGCAGCCCAAACCCGCCUAAAACGCGUCGGGGCAGCGCUGGGUAUCAAUUUCAAGUUUGGCGGGUCCAUGGGCAGCUCGCGGCUUGCGCAUGUACUCCUGCACACCACCGCGGCGGAAAAGGGGCUGGUGAUGCAGAGUAAAGUUUCGGAGAUGUUGUUUCAGUAUCAGUUUGAGAGGGAGGAGGAUGUUAGUUGUGUCGAUACGCUUGUGAGGGCUGCGGUGGAAGUAGGGUUAGGGGAGGGGGAGGUUAGGGAGUGGUUGGCGGGGGAGGGAGCGGGGAGGGGGGUGGUGGAGGUUAUUGAGGAGGAGGGGAGGAGGGUUAGGGAGGAAGGGGUGAAGGGGGUGCCGCAUUUUGUUAUUGGGGGGAGUUAUCAUGUUGAUGGAGCGGUAGAUGUUGGGGAAUUUUUCGAGAAGGUGGUGGAGGUUAGGGAGGGGAGAGGAGGAGAGGGUGGUGGAUCGGGGACAGCGGGUGGUGGAUCGGGGACAGCGGGUGGUACUUGUAGCUCGUCGAGGGAGGGAGGGGGGAUGGAUACAUGUUGAAGAAUAUCUA